AUGGGGGCUUCGGGAGGCGGGGAGAAGCUGCCGGAUUUCUCCAGGUUGAUAGCGGGACGGGCGUUGCUUUGUGCUGGGCUGGGCUGCGCUACACCACACCACACCACACCUCCGUUGUCCCGGUCCUGUCCCAGUCUGAAUACCGGGCACGGCGGCGAGCUGGCCAUGGGUCCAAGAGCCGGCAUCGCCGCGUUUCUCUUGUCCCUCAGCGCGGUCCCCGUCUCUCACCUCAUCAACAACCUACCUGGCGUGGACAGUCCCGAGGUGGUGUUUGCUGCUGGUGUUGCUGUUCUCCUGGGUCUUCUCCUCGUGCUGUACCUGCUGGUCGGAAGCAGUCGUCCCAAGGACCCUCUGUUUUACGUUUUUGCAGUGUUCUCGUUUACAAGUGUCAUCGAUUUAGUUAUCUCCCUGGAGCAGGAUGGCUACAUCAAAGGAUUCAUGACCUUUUACAUGAAAGAGGGGGAGCCCUAUCUCCGCAGUGCCUACGGGAUCGUGAUCUGCUACUGGGAUGGCACGGUCCAUUACGUGCUGUACCUGACCAUGAUAGGUGCAAUAACACUUGGGUGGAAUUACCGAAGUGUCGGACUCUAUUGGCUGGGUUCCCUGGUGAUGAGCCUCAUCACCCUCUUGCUUGGGACGUCCGUGGGUAAAUUUGGAAGUGAAAUCCGCCCGGCCUUCCUGUUGAAUAUUCCGUAUGUACUGAUCCCAAUUUGGGCUGGAAAGAAAAUUAUUGGCAGCCCCAUAUCCCUGCCGUCGGCAUCAGCGGAUCAGGUUGCCAGAGACCAGACAAGGUGGCUGUAUUGUCGGCCUGUUGACGUGUUCCUCAUGCUUUACCUGACGUUCGCCAUUAUGUACACGCUGCUCAGGGGCUUUGUCGCCCUCGAUUGCUCCUUGGAUUUCUGCGACACUUACAAAUACGAUCAGGAGCCUUACCUGCUGGAUCCAGUCAUGUACCCCCGGAUCCAGAUGCUGGUGAAUAUGUUCUACCUCUUGCCCUUCUUUGUCCUGGCCCUGUACGGCCUGAUUGUGCCUGGCUGUGCGUGGAUGCUCGAUCUCACCGUGGUGUUUGCUGGAGCCAUCGCUCAGGCUCAGUUUGCCCACGUGGGUGCAUCCCUACACCCGCGCACCUCCUUCACGUACCGGGUGCCCGACCACGCCCUGUCCGACUUUCUCUACGCCAACGCCAUCUUUGCCAUCGGUGCUCAGCUCCUGGCGCUACGCUGCGCUAUUCGCCCCGGAUUCUUCCACAAAGGAGUGCCCCGAAACAGCCAGGAAAUGGAGAAGAAAGUUAACUAAGAGGGCGGACUGACUACAACAUUGGCUGACGCUGGCGGCUGGCUCAGACCGGUGACGCCAUUAGAUCGCUCCGUCCACCUAGACCUACCUGAUCUCCCUGUCCCCCUCCCGUUCCCACACUGACCUUUCUGUCCUGGGCCUCAUCCACUGUCAGAGUGAGGGCCCAGCGCAAAUUGGAGGAACAGCUCCUCAUAUUUCGCUUGGGUAGUUUACACCCCAGCGGUAUGAACAUUGACUUCUCUAACUUCAAGUACCCCUUGUAUUCCCUCUCUCUCCAUCCCUCCUCCCCCUAUCAUAGUUCUCCGACUGUUCCCCUGAUUAAUUCUUACCUCUGUGUGUGCUUCGUUGUCACCUUCUCCUAGCUAACAACGAUCUAUUCUAUAUUCUUGUGCUUCAUCCCCUUUGAUGUCUCGUUUUCACACCUUGCACUUCCUUAUCUCUGUAUCUCCCUCUCCCCUGACUCUCAGACUGAAGAAGUUGUCUCAACCCGAAACGUCACCCAUUCCUUCCAUCCCGAGAUGCUGCCUGUCCCGCUGAGUUGCUCUAGCUGAGUUACUUGUGUCUGUCUUCGCCAAUAAAAAGAUUGAAAUGCAACAUCCACCCGACUCCGUGGACACUCCCCUCCAAUCCUCCGAGUCAGAGCUCACAAAUUGCUUUAGUUAUAUUUGUCCAUUGCCACCAGCAUUCAUUGUCCACCUCCAAUUCUCCAACUGGAGACACAGGCAAGAAUCAUUUGUGUUGGUAGGGUCCAUGAAGUCCAGAGGCAGACACAAAAUGUUGAAGUAACUCAGAGAGUCAAUGCAGCAUCUUUGGAGAAAAGUGCCUAUUGCUAUUCUCCAGAUAUAGAAACAUAGACAACAGG